GGGCGGGGAAUGGAGAUAUGCUGAGGGUUGGGAAGGAAGGCUGGCUGGCUUAGGGAAGAAGAGGGAGGGCAUUUUGUGUGUGUGUGGCUUUCUCCUUUUUUUUUGCCCCCCCCCCCCCUUUAGGACGGAGGCGGGUUUGCUGGCUCUCUUCCUCACAGAGAGAAAAGGGAGACACCGGAGAGGCCAGACGAGGGAGGCGGCGAGGAGUUUCCAGGAAGAGAGAAAGAGAGAGAGAGAGAAGGAGGGCCCUUUUCCUCCUCCUCCUCCUCCUCUUUUCUCCUCCUUCCCUGCAUCAGCCCUCUUUGGGGGAAAGGAAUAUGGAGAGAGAAGAAGCGCUCUGAGGGAGACAAAGAGGCGCGAAAGGCGAAGAAGGAGGCAAAGACUGAGAGGAGAGGAGCCUCUCCUUCCCGGAGAAGAGGGGAAAAAAAGCCUCCAUUCGGAGCAGGUUGCCGCGAAGGGCUUCUUCCCCCGCUUCCUUCACCCUCUGGAACAAGCCAGGCUUCGUGUUCAAUCGCCAUCGAGACCGCCCUUGCCCUGCCUUGGCUUCCCUCCCUCCUCUUUCUUCCUUUCUGAGAGAGAAGAAUAAAAAGGCAUGGGUAUUACAUGAGCCCCUUAUCUUGUUCCGAAUGGAUAUGAUUUUCGUAAAAGCUUAUUCACUGGUGAACUAGAUAAAGAUGGAUGAAUCAGCAUUACUGGAUCUGCUGGAAUGUCCUGUCUGCUUAGAACGCCUUGAUGCUUCUGCAAAAGUCUUGCCUUGUCAACAUACAUUUUGCAAAAGAUGUCUUUUAGGCAUUGUGAGCUCCCGAAAUGAGCUUCGCUGCCCAGAAUGCAGGACGUUAGUAGACUGCAGUGUUGAUGAACUUCCCAGUAAUAUUUUACUGGUUCGAUUGCUGGAUGGCAUCAAGCAAAGGCCUUGGAAACCUGGUGGUUUGGUGAGUUCUACAAAUUCAUUAAGAUCCCAGACUAGCACUGUUGCUAACUGCAUUCCAAAAGACUUGCAAAGUUCUCAAAGUGUCCAGCAACAAAGAGUACAAGCACGGAGUCCUCCUGUUAGGGGUGUACCUCAGUUACCUUGUGCCAAAGCAUUAUAUAAUUAUGAGGGGAAAGAGCCCGGAGAUCUAAAAUUCAGUAAAGGUGACAUCAUCAUAUUACGUCGGCAAGUUGAUGAAAAUUGGUAUCAUGGAGAAGUUAAUGGUGUCCAUGGAUUUUUUCCUACAAAUUUUGUCCAGAUCAUUAAACCUUUACCUCAACCUCCACCUCAGUGCAAAGCACUUUAUGACUUUGAAGUUAAAGACAAGGAAGCAGACAAGGAUUGCUUGCCCUUCUCAAAGGAUGAUAUUUUGACCGUGAUUCGACGAGUAGAUGAAAACUGGGCAGAAGGAAUGCUGGCUGACAAAAUAGGAAUAUUUCCUAUUUCAUAUGUUGAGUUUAACACAACAGCAAAGCAGCUGAUAGAGCUAGACAAGCCAUCCAGUUCUACAGCAGACUGUGGAGAAGGCACAUCUGGUGCAUCUCACAGCAAUUCUAUUCAGAAGCACACGGAUACAAAGAAGAACACCAAAAAGCGCCACUCCUUUACCUCCCUUACCAUGUCCAACAAGGCCUCACAAUCAUCUCAGAAUCGUCACUCAAUGGAAAUCAGCCCUCCUGUCCUCAUCAGUUCCAGUAACCCCACUGCUGCAGCCCGCAUAAGUGAACUUACAGGUCUUUCCUGCAGUGCACCUUCUCAGGUUCAUAUCAGUACCACAGGGCUAAUUGUGACCCCACCACCCAGCAGUCCAGUAACAACAGGGCCUUCAUUUACUUUUCCACCUGAAGCUACCUACCAAGCUGCUCUUGUUAAUAUGAAUCCCCCUCUGCUUCCACCACCGCCCCCACCUCUGUUGUCUGCUACAAUAAUUGCCCCAGCUCCUACUGGGCUUCCUUCAAGCAUGGCUCAAAAGUCUGCACCAGUAUCCACUGAGCAAAUAACACAUUUGAGACCACAGACAAGACCAAGUGUGUAUAUUGCUAUUUAUCCGUAUGUUCCUAGAAAAGAAGAUGAACUGGAACUGAGAAAAGGCGAGAUGUUUUUGGUGUUUGAACGUUGUCAGGAUGGCUGGUUUAAAGGAACUUCCAUGCAUACAAGCAAAAUUGGUGUGUUUCCUGGCAAUUAUGUGGCACCAGUUACUAGGGCAGUGACGAGUGGCUCCCAAACAAAGGUUCCUGUAUCUACUGCUGGCCAAUCAGGGCGGGUGGUGACCAUGGUCAGUACUUCCACUGCUGGAGGAACAUUGCAGAAACUUCAGGGAAAUGGUGUAACAAUGAAUUCCAGUGCAGUACCCACUGCUGUAGUUUCUGCAGCUCAUAUACAAACAAGUCCACAGACCAAGGUUCUUAUGCAUAUGACUGGCCAAAUGACAGUCAACCAGGCUCGCAAUGCAGUUAGAACAGUUGCAAUACACAACCAAGAAAGACCUACAGCCACCGUGACACCAAUUCAGGCCCAAAAUUCAGCAUGCCUUAUUCCUGCUGCUGUAAUUAUUCCACACCAUUCUGUUGUCCCUCAACAACUGCAACCUCAAAUUUCAAAUGCUGCUGCUUAUAUCACAGCUGUGAAUAUCAAUCGGGCCAAUGUCCCACUGGCUUGUGCAUCAUCCUCAUUAAACUCUCCUGGCACUUCUGCAUCUCUGGAUGGAGAUACAAAUGGAAGGAUUGUGACAGUUCACACUGGAGCUCCAUCUUCCCCUGAGAAUACUCUAGUAGCUUCAGGGGUUACUAUUCUCAGUAAACCUGACAGAGAUGGGAAGAAAGAAAAAAAGGGCUUGCUGAAGUUACUUUCAGGAGCAUCUACCAAGCGUAGACCUCGAGUAUCUCCACCAUCAUCACCGACUCUGGAGGUUGAGCAGGCAGCUGCAGAGGUUGUCUUACAAGGUGCUGUGGGCCCAGAGAUUUCAUCAAAUUCCAAUAAUGGAAGAGCUGAAUCCUGUCCCAUGGACAACGAAGCAUCAACAACAGUGCAGGAGAAUAGCCAUCGGAAAGGAAGUACUCUGGAGUCAAAUAUCCCAAUUGCUCCACCCCCACGCCAGCCCUGCUCUUCAUUGGCUCCAGUCCUUAAUGAAUCUAGACCUGUGAUCUGUGAGCGACACAGAGUUGUGGUAUCCUAUCCUCCUCAAAGUGAAGCUGAGCUUGAACUUAAAGAAGGAGACAUUGUUUUCGUACACAAAAAGCGUGAAGAUGGCUGGUUCAAAGGCACAUUGCAGCGGAACGGAAAAACUGGCCUUUUCCCUGGAAGCUUUGUAGAGAGUAUCUGAGAAGACGCUUUUCAGACGUUCAAAUCACACAGCACUAUAAAAUAGCACAAAUAUUUUACGAGAGAGUAUGCAGCCAUGGAAGACUUUUUAACUGACUGUAAUAUAAACAAAUUUAUAUUUAUGUUUUCCAGUAUCCCACAGCACAAUUCAGCCAGCAAAGAAAGGUGAUGAAAUAUUUUCUGGCUGUUUUUUUAUCAUUUUGAAUUUUUAAGUAUAAUGCGUGCCUUGUAAUAUCUGAUUUGUUCUACAAAGGAAUCGUUUUUUAAAAUGUAUAACACAAAGGAGCAAUUGUUUACAAGGCUGCAAUUAAUUUAUUCUUGGUUUCCUAAACUUGAAUUCUGUUAUUAUAGUUAAAUCUUAGUGGUUGUGAUUAACAAAUUAUUAAUUUAUGAAAUAAGGUAAGGAGAAGCUGGAUUAUCUCCUUAUUCAAAGGCAUAAUGAUUGGCACAUGGCUUUCUCCCACUGUAUAUGACAGUGAUGUGAGUUUGUUUCAUAGGGUAUUGUUGGUUGUUUUGAUGGUGAAGUGGUGUCAAAUUGAACCAUGAAAAGUGGGAUAAAAUGGCAUUGUGGGUUUUUCUUGUUUUGGAUGAGAAACUGUCUGCCAAUAGCAAGUCUAAAUAUCCCAGAUAAGGUAACAUUUUUAAUGGCAGAAUUGCAACUGUGCAACCUUAAAACCUUAAUUUUAAAUCUUAACAUUCUCAAAGUGAAAAUAAAAAAGGGGGAAAUCAACUUCCUCUAGCUUCUGUUUGUUCAAAUGUUUUGAAUAUCUGUCAGGAUCUAGCUUUGCAGAUUUGGCUGGCUCUUUGGGCACACAGCACCACAGAAUAUAAAUGAGAUUUAAAAAGAUGCUAGUAACAAAACACUUGCAAGAAGUGAGAAAUUGUAUGAAUGAUUAGCUUACAGGAUUCCAAAACUGAAUUUCAACAGUUGCACACACUGUCCAAAUAUGUCAAGAAAUGUUUGUUUCUUUACCUUUUCAAAGUGAUUUGCAUGGCUAAGAGACAAUUUUACGAUGUUUGAGCAAUAGUGGUGGUCAGUGAAACACUUGUGUUUUUAAAGUAAAGGCUGUAAGAACACUGUGAAACUUUUGCUAAUUUUGUAACUAUUGCUACUUUCAUAUGUCUUAACUUGUGUUGCAUGUAUUACCAGAUUCUCACAGGCAUACAAAACAGUAGCUGAUUUGUAUAUUGCACUCCAGUGUCUUCCAGGUUACCUGGAUGAUAAAUCAGUCAUUUAUCUGCUAGCACAGAACCACUGACCAAGACCAGUGAAUGAUUGGUUUCUGAUUAUUAAAAAGUGUUCUGAGUCUUCAACAUCAUUCCAACCAUAGAUAUUUAGCAAAAUAAGAUGUUUGAGCAACCAUAUCACCAAGUUAAUUUCAUGCAUGAAAUAAUGUAUUUCCAACUCAAAUUUUAUUACUUGCUACCCCUGAAUAUGUACAUUUCCUUAUAAGCACACUGCCAAAUCACUCCAUUUUCUAUCUUACGUAAGGAAUUGUUUGGAGCUAUUCUUCAAUACAGAGAAGAGGCAACAUUCAGCAUAGCUUCUAUUCCCUGUCUCUUAAUCUUGGCCUUGGGGAUGUAUGAAGAUAAUAUCAGUAAGUUUUAAGCUAUAUGGGACAUAGAAUGGUCAGACUCUUCUUUUGGUUUUUCUCAACGAAAGUAUAAUGCUUUGAUUGCAAUGUUUUUAAAAUUGUCCAACACAUGGUAAGGCCAAUAAUCCAAAUCUUUCACUUCCUCAAUGAUCUGUUGUCAUGUAUAGCUUCUAAUUCUUCCCCAUUCUUUUUCAUGCUGUUUAAAGUGGCUAGAAGAGCUAAAAAAGGGUGAGAUAUAAAUUAACUAGAAGAGAAACACCUUUGGUGAUUUACACUCCCAGUAAUAUAGAGGCUGUGGGGAGGUGAUUUGAAUUGAGAACUGAAAAACCAGACUCUUGGGUGUCUGGGAACUACCAGUGACUAAUUCUGAAAUUAAUACUGUAAAUUGAAUAGCCUGCAUAGUCAUGUAUAAGUCUAGAAAUUUUAGUCAAAAAAUCAACCCCAAAAAACUAGGUCGGCUUAUCCAUGGGUCAAUGUGAGUACUGUACUUUAACUCUUAUCAAAAGUGGAACCAUCCCCUUUUAGAGUAGAGUGAUGGAAGGCAUCCUUCUACUCUCUCUGCCAUAAUGCAGUUUCUGGCCUUUCUGAAUGCCUGGGUGGGGAAAUGGUGGUGAUGGCAACCAUGGGCACCUGGGCUCCAGGGGUUGCACUAAUACUUUCCCCUCUCCACCAAAAUCCAUAAUUUUGUCCCAAAAUCUACCUUCAGAUUACAUAUAAGGUACUACUAUUUCCAAUAAUGUCAACAUUUCCCCAGAGGUUUCUUUUUAAGGACAUGCCACUGAUGACCCAUAGUUUACAUUCAAGGGUGCGCCUACACUUUAGAAUUAAUACAAUUUGACACCACUUAACUGCCAUGAUUCAAUCCUGGGAUUUAUAGCAUGCUUAGGCAGCAGCAUGCUUUCACAGCUAAGGAGCUUAUAAAACUACACCUGUGAAUCCAUAGCAUUGAGCCAUGGUAGUUAAAGUUGUGUCAAACUGCAUUAAUUUUGCAGUGUCUUUAUCACUGCAUGACUGUAGCAAGCAGUAGUGAAACUGACUUGACUUGCUCCUGUUUUAUAUUUAGCCAAGUGACACUACCUUUUAUUUAAACAUGUAACAUGCAAAAAUUCAGUGGGUACCUUAGCUUAGUUAAACUGCCAUGGGAGAAAAUUUAAUCUGUUGCCAAUUGUGCAGCUGUAGAAGGCAAAGAACUCUGUUAUGAGGAAAUGAGAGUGACCUUAAGCUCAGCACUUUCUUCCCUACUAUCACAGUAGAACUUGUGGCAUAAUAUGAAUCGAAGGAGAGAAAUGCAAAAUACAGGAGAGAGAAAAAAUAAGAGUAACUGGUUGUUGUCUAAUGAUUUUGUGAUGUAAAACACAUUUCUUUACUAAACAAAUGGGAGGAGAUAAUUAUUAGCUGAAGGAGUUUCUUUAAAUAUCAACUGAUUUCACAACAGUCUUAUGAGAAAAUUGAAAGUGAAAUCAUUCCUAAGUUAAAACCCAUAUGAGACACUGUACAAUGUUAGUUUACUUGAAUGUUCAUAUGAUAAACAAGCUAUUUGAAAUAGGGAAAUGCUGGACUUGGCUUUCAUCAGCAUAAAACUGACACUAACGUGUCGAUAUUAUUUUCACAUAUUAGUGUUUUUAUAUAUUAAAGACUACUACAGAGAUUUUUUUCUCUUUUCCAUAAGAUAGAAUACUUGUGUGACACAAGUUCCUCUAUUCAUAGGGUUUUAUUAUGUAGAGUCUAUCAGAAAUUAAAUUAAUACAAUAGUGUUGUUAGAUAUAAUACAUUUUCUAAUGACGUUUUAAAAGAAGGAAUCACUUUUAAGUUUUAAGAGCUUGUUACACAAUGGUACAGCAAAAAAGAAACGCGGUUUUCCAUGCCUAGUGACAUUUAUAAAUUUGUGCAAGUUGGAUUGGGGUUUGGGGUUUAUUGCUUGUGUGUAAUCCAGUGUAAGAACAAAAUAAACCCAUUACAUUUUGGGUAUUUACUUAAAGAAAUUAUGUGGAAAAUUUUAAUGUCUAUAUUUGCGGUCCAGUGAAUGUUAUGUGUUUUUCUGUUAAAUUUCCAUUCCUAAUAAAUAUUUUCUUAGCAAACAGCUUUAA